UUUAAAAGCGAUAGACUCACUUCACUCAGUGAAGAACAGAUCUGGCAGGAGGAGUAACAAAUACUGCGCAGUAUCAAAACAGGCUCAUGGUCUAUGAUCCUAAGCAGAAUAAGUGGUUAAGCCGUAGCCCAAUGUUGCAGAGGAGAGUGUAUCACUCCAUGGCAGCUGUCCAAAGGAAACUUUAUGUGUUAGGUGGGAAUGAUCUUGACUACAACAAUGAUCGGAUCCUGGUCCGGCACAUAGACUCCUACAGCAUAGAUGCCGACCAGUGGACACGUUGCAACUUCAACAUGUUGACAGGUCAAAAUGAAUCUGGAGUUGCUGUCCACAAUGGUAGAAUAUAUUUAGUUGGUGGCUAUUCAAUUUGGACAAAUGAGCCUUUGGCAUGUAUCCAGGUGCUGGAUGUUAGCAAGGAGGGGAAGGAAGAGGUAUUCUAUGGGCCUACACUCCCCUUCGCUUCCAAUGGAAUAGCUGCAUGCUUUCUGCCAGCUCCAUAUUUCACAUGCCCCAACCUUCAGACCUUGCAAGUGCCUCACCAUAGGAUUGGCACAAUGUGAGACACUCCUUGCGCUUCACAAAAUCAGAAGUGGAGGGGGAAAGCAUCAAACCUUGUGUAUAGAAGGGUUUCUCUGGGUCAAUGAGAAGAAUCAAUCUACAUGGACUGCUGCUUUACCAUCACACAUUUGUCUUAAGGUCAGAUCACAACAAGCAGGAAGGACGCUACAAAAACUGUCUGCAGUUUCUCUCCUCUGCCUCAGAUGUAGAAGCACAUACAUGAGAGUGUUUGGCAUUUUUGCUGGUGACUACUUGCUAUGUGUCUACUUCAUUUCCUUAUGCAACUUUGUAAGGCAUUGUGGAUGCUCUCAGCUCCUUCUGGGAUGCUCUUUUUUGGGGUCUUUAUGUUCAGUUGUUCACCAACAGCGCUUUCAAAGAUGAUAGAAAGCUCUGUUUAUGUUGAUAAAGAUAAUAUCAUACUCUGGCAAUUAUGCAACUUACUUGAUACCUUUGGCAAAAAGAAUAACAAAUGUGUUGACUUCCAAUUCCCGAACUCUGUCGUUUACAAUUUCUCAUGUAAUAAUACUUCAUUUUAAAUUUAAAUACUUCAAAACAGAUUAAAACAAAGCAAAAAAGCAAACAAGCCCUAUAGGAUAUGGGGAACAGAUAAAAAUUGUCUCAGCUGAAAGAGAAAGAAACUGAUGCCUCAUGGUUAAACUCAAGUCUGAACUGAAUUUGUUUGUCUGAGAAUCUAAAUAUUGUUUGGGAUGUCAUUUACCAAGGUCUACUAUCAAAUAAAUGUUACCUUCUGUCAUAUGAUCAAUUCUUCCUGACAGCUGCAGUCUUUUAAUGGUGGAGAUCAGCCUCUUUACUGUAUAAUUAAAAUGUGCCAUUUACUUAAUAUUUUUAAUAUCCAGUUUGCAAGGGGUCACCACAUUUACAAUUAUCAAUGAACAGUCUCAUUUUGUCCAACAUAUGGUCCCACAAAUCACUGGUCUCCAGAGGCUAAACAGGUGUAGAACAAUGUCAAUAUUUAUUUUUUUAUUCUUUCCAUUUAUAUAGUGUGUCUCCAUUCCAUUCUCCAGGCAUAUGCCAGCUCACAACAAAUACUCUAACCUGGUAUAUUUUGGCUUUGCUGGGCUACUGCAGCCCCUGUCUCUUAUUUCUGUGUUUUAUUUACAUAGCUAACAAAAUUUUCAAUGUUUGUAAAUAUUAACCAAGCAUGUUAUUAAAUCUUCCUCUAUUUCU